AGUCCCACCCCGCCCCGCUGCACCGGGGCGGCAAUGGCGGCGGCGGCGCCUGCGCGCGGCGCCCUCCGUGCGGACCGCGCAGAGUGAAUAAUAAAGGUCUCCACGGCGGUAGCGGCGGCGGCGGGAGCGGAAGGCAGGAGGCAUGUCCAAGGGCCCGGUGGCGAGCGGCCCCGCCGCGGCCGGGCCGGCGAGCGCCGCCAGCGCGCUGCAGGCGCAGCCCGAGAAGCCGCAGCACUACACUUACCUGAAGGAGUUCCGCACGGAGCAGUGUCCUCUUUUUGUGCAGCACAAGUGCACUCAGCACCGGCCCUACACUUGCUUCCACUGGCACUUUGUCAACCAGCGUCGUCGCAGAUCAAUCCGCCGCCGGGAUGGUACAUUCAACUACAGCCCUGACAUUUACUGUACCAAGUAUGACGAGACCACAGGAAUCUGCCCAGAAGGAGAUGAAUGUCCCUUCUUGCAUAGAACUACUGGAGACACAGAGAGGAGGUAUCACUUACGCUACUACAAAACUGGAAUCUGCAUUCAUGAGACAGACUCCAAGGGAAACUGCACAAAGAACGGCGUCCACUGCGCGUUUGCUCAUGGGCCCCAUGACCUACGCUCUCCGGUGUAUGACAUCAGGGAGCUUCAGGCGAUGGAGGCUUUGCAGAAUGGUCAGACUACAUCAGAAGGUGGCAUAGAGGGUCAGUCUGCAGUUGCUGCUAGCCAUGCUAUGAUAGAGAAAAUACUCAGUGAGGAGCCAAGGUGGCAAGAUACAACAUAUGUUUUGGGAAAUUAUAAGACAGAGCAAUGUAAGAAACCCCCUCGCCUCUGUCGCCAGGGUUAUGCGUGUCCCUACUACCACAAUAGCAAAGACAGAAGAAGAAGCCCAAGAAAACACAAAUACAGAUCUUCGCCAUGUCCCAGCGUGAAACAUGGAGAUGAGUGGGGAGAUCCCAGUAAGUGUGAAAAUGGAGACUCAUGUCAGUACUGCCACACUCGCACAGAACAGCAAUUCCAUCCAGAGAUCUACAAAUCCACCAAAUGCAAUGAUAUGCAGCAGUCUGGCAGCUGUCCCCGAGGACCCUUCUGUGCCUUUGCACAUGUAGAACAGCCUGCACUCAAUGAAGAUUUACAGCAGUCCUCAGCUGUGUCUAGCCCAACACAGACAGGCCCUGUGAUGUAUAUGCCGUCAGCAGCUGGUGAUUCUGUUCCAGUCAGCCCUUCCAGUCCACAUGCCCCAGACCUUAGCAAUGUGUGGAAUAAAUCAGGAACUCUGCCAACUAGCCCCACCUCCACCACAAUUCUUUGUAGGAACAGCAGUCUCGGAAGCCCAUCUAAUAUAUGUGGGUCUCCUCCUGGUGCCAUUGGAAAGCCCCACAGCUUGGAGACAAUUGGUUUUCCUCCAGACUCAGUAACAGCAGCCGGCAGCUACAAGAAAGCACCGGGGUUUGAGCGAGAAGAUCAGGUGGGGGCCGAGUAUUUGAAGAGUUUCAAAUGCCAGCAGGCAAAAAUGAAGUCCCACUCACUGGAGCACAGGAGCCAGGAGCAACCUUUGUUACAGCCCAAACAGGAUAUACUGGGUAUUCUCCCAGUGGGGAGCCCCCUGACAUCCAGCAUCUCCUCUAGUAUCACCUCCAGUCUGGCUGCAACACCACCGAGCCCCGCCGGCACCAGCAGCAUCCCGGGCAUGAAUGCCAAUGCCCUUCCUUUCUACCCAACCAGUGACACCGUUGAGUCUGUCAUAGAGUCUGCCUUGGAUGACCUGGACCUGAAUGAAUUCGGAGUGGCUGCCCUGGAGAAGACAUUUGACAGCAGCACAGUGCCCCACACGAGUGGCAUCAUGAUAGGUGGGAGUUUGCUGCAAAGUUCUGCUCCUGUAAAUAUCCCUGGGUCCCUUGGAAGCUCUGCCUCCUUUCACUCUGCCUCUCCUUCUCCACCGGUCAGCCUCUCAUCGCAUUUCCUUCAUCAGCCCCAGGGACACUUAAGCCAAUCAGAAAACACAUUCCUGGGGACAUCAGCUUCUCAUGGAUCACUAGGUUUAAAUGGGAUGAACAGCAGCAUAUGGGAACACUUUGCUUCGGGGAGUUUUUCGCCCAGUACCUCACCUGCAUUUCUGUCAGGUCCAGGUGCUGCGGAGCUGGCACGGCUGCGGCAGGAACUGGAUGAAGCCAACGGCACAAUAAAGCAGUGGGAAGAGUCUUGGAAACAAGCCAAACAGGCUUGUGAUGCUUGGAAAAAGGAGGCAGAGGAAGCAAAUGAUCGCGCCAACACAGCUAACAUGGAAUGUGAACUGGCCCGGGAGCAGAGGGAAGCCUUGGAGCUACAAGUGAAGAAACUGCAGGAGGAGCUGGAGAGGAUCCACACAGGACAGGACCCACAGUUUCUGCGCUCCUUCUCUGACCUGGAAACGCUCUCACUCUCUUCUCUGUACACGCUUCAGAAGCAGCUACGGGCAAACCUGGAGAAAGUUGAUAAGGCAGUAUUUCAGAUGCAGUCAGUGAAAUGCCUUAAGUGUCAGGAGGAGAACCGGGUGGUGUUACCGUGCCAACACGCAGUGCUGUGUGAAACCUGCGCCGAGGAAGGCGAGUGCCCCAUCUGCCAUCCCAACAGGCCCCACACUCUCCAGUUGUGACCUUCCCAGGACACUUCUAAUCAUAUCCUAUAGAACUUUUUAACUUUAUACUUAACAUACACAUAUAUGUAUGUGUAUAUAUAUGUAUAUAUGUGUGUGUGUGUGUGUGUGUGGAUCUGCACACACCCCCACACACUCACAGGAGACAAGAUUUAGUUGCAGAGCACUUUUUAAUAUUUUACAUCCCGUAUCUAAACUGCCCCUCACCCCUUGCCCCACUAAUUCUAACUCUUGAGCAACUUUGAGAGCUGUUUUUCAUACAGAUCAAAGGGCCAUUUGCAAAGAGUCUGCGUUUCUCCUCUUUUCUAUUUAGGUGAUAACAAAUUUUUUGACUAUUUCCAGAAGGAUUUAGAGUGGGCAAGAGGGGCUUCCACGUGCUUUCCAGAGGAAGAGUUGAGAUCACGGGGAGGAUCGAGGUGGAUUUGAAAUGACUUGUUCACGUCUUCGGUCUCCCUGCUCUUUCACUGACCCAGCCUGGUUAAAGCUGUCCUCCCCUGAUGGAAGCUCUGCUGGGUGCCUGCCUGGUGGGGCUCACGUUGCCCAGCUCUGAAUGUGCAGGAACUUUGACUCUUUAAUCAGCAAAGUUCUCUUUUUAAAUUUUUUUACACUCUUUGUAUAUUUAUAUGAAAAGAAGAAAAGGAAAUAGAAAGUAUUGGACCUAGAGUAAGCUAAGCCCCAAAAUUCAGUGUCCACUGCUGAUACAGCUGACAUGUUCCAGGUCUGAGCAGCCUUAGCAGUGUUGCCCUUGUGUCAGCUAAAGCUCUCGAUGAGAGAAAUACAGAUGCAGAGGUCGGUUCUCUCCAGACACCCCUUUGUCUAGUGGCUGCCUAAAGGCUUGGUGCUGUUUCAGACCAGAUUAAUUUUGUUUUAGCCACGGGGACUUAAUCCCCUGUCCCUGCUGGAAGGCAUAAACAUAAUUCCAGGUAGUCCAAGGACACUUGUUGAGCAGAUUCGGUGUUGCCUGUGUCAGCACCUCCGGGACAGUUUGUGGACCCUUCUAAGAGAUCACGUGUGCCCGUGCUGACAGAGAAAGCCCAGUGUGACAAAGAAGUGUCACCUGUCCAUUUACUGAGCUUUCCUGUGACUCUCUUUACCAGUGUGUGCACUGGGUUUUUACAUCAGGUGGAUUGCAGUAACCUGCUGGGAUCUCAACCAAAAAGGCCAAUCAGUUGAUGAAAGGUUUUUAUUCAGCGCAGGGAUGCAGCCUGUGCUCCCCCUCCCUGACCUGGCAAAGCACUGGAACCUCCAGCAGCCCACUGGUGUAGGAAAACUGAAUUUCUACCAGAGCCUCUCAGAAAGCUUCAUAUUUAAUGCAAAGACAUAAUUAGGUUUGCUUCCAUAAUUCCACCUUUCCUUGCCAUGGAAGGGGUUAAUAUGCAUUCCCAGAUGAUCUCUUAAGUGCAGCUCUGUCUAGUUCUUUUUAUGUUUCUCCCAUUAACUUGUUUUUUGGGGGGUUUUAUUUUUGGUAAAAAUGCUUUUUUUUGUUGUUGUUUCCAUCUGUAUUUUAUUGUAACUAGCAUCAGGUUUUUAAAUUCCUUUUUUUUAAUGGAGAGACACUGUCGAGUGACUGUUGUGGCUACGUUGUUUGGUGAUAGCCUUUGAAUGUCUGUGCCAUGGGGCAGCACAUCUGCCUUGGUCUAAGCUUAAGGGAAGACUUUUUAUUAAAACACAUGAACAGUU